AUGUCAAGUUUAAAAAGGAAGUUGCCGGUGGCCACUUCACUAAUGAAUACCGAAGAAGAUCUUGCAAAAAAGAAGCACAAAUCUACGAGACGAAGGCUAGAAGUAGUUAUGGCAUUAAAACGAAUUCAAGACGAACAUAAUGCAGCCAAUGUGUAUGACACAAACAAAUUUCAUGAAGAAAAUGAGUGCACAAACGUUAUCACGAAAUGCAAAGAGAAACUGAAAGCUAAACAAUAUGAAAUAAGUGAAAUGAAUUGCAAAGAGAAGGAAAAUCGUGAAGUGAAUUUGAAAUGCAAAGUGACUAAAGCAUGUGACGCGAAUUCGAAUUUCAACGGUAAUGACAACAAUGUUGUGAAUUUAAAAGACAAUGAGAAUGAAAUCAAUGAUGUAAAUCUGAAUUGUAAAGGAAGUGUAAACAGUGAAGUGAAUAUGAAUUUUGAUAAGAAUGAAAUCAGUGAAAUGAAUACAAAUUGUGACCAGAAUGAAAUCAGUGAAGUGGAACUGAAUUGUGAUCAGAAUGAAAUUCAUGAAGUGAAUUUGAACUGUGACCAGAAUGAAAUCAAUGAAUUGAAUUUGAAUUGUCAGCAAAAUGAAAUUAGUGAAGUUGAUUUCGAAGCUCAUGAAACUAUUGAAGUGAAUCUGAAAGGGGUUGGAAAUAGUAAAGUGAAUCUGAAUAGUGAAGAUGAUGAAACUGACGCAAACAAUAACUAUACAGCAAAUAAUGAGAAUGAAGUUGCCAUGAAUUGUGAAGAGAAACAAAAAGAAAUUAGUGAAGUGAAUUUGAAUUGCAAUGAGAAUGAAAUCGAUGAAGAGAAUCUGAAUUGUGAAGGGAAUGAGAAUAGUGACAUGAAUUUGAAUUGUGAGGAAAAUGAUUAUACUGAAGUAAAUUUUGAAUUCAAAGAUAUUGAAAAUGAGAAAGUAAAUUCCAGUUGUAAAGUGAAUGAAAUCGAUGAAGUGAACCUGAAUUGUAAAGGGAAUGAGAAUAGUGACACAAAUUUAUAUUGUGAUGAAAAUGGAAACAGUGAAGUUUAUUUGGUUGUCAAAGAGAUUGAGAACAAUGAUGAAGUAAAUUUCAAUUGCAAAGUGAAUGAAAAUAGUGAACUGAAAUUUAAAGAGAAUGAAAUUAACACGAACAAUAAUCAUAAAGUAAAUGAGGGUAUUGAAUCUAUCAAGACAUGCGAAGAGAAACUUAAAUUACACAUAAUGAACAACAUAAAAACAAGGACUUAA